CGCGUUGUUUAUAACCUGCGUCUCGGCUAGCCAGACAGAGUAUUAGAUUAUAUUUGAUAGAUAGGAAACCGAAAAUGACUGAAGUAAACGACGCCGUAUUCCACGACGAUUAUCAGGUGGUCCCACAGACAUUACCAAAGCACCUCGACACUGACCAGGUCCAAGUUGUAUCGCACCAAUGGCGGUGCAUUCGUGCAUGGAAGAAGAUCAGGCGGCGGUUGAAGGAAGAUAGACGAUUCAAAGGAAAGGUGUAUUACAGUGUGUGUAUAUAUUUUGCAUUCUUCGUCAUCGGUUGGAUAAAGGGCCAGUUCGGGCCCUCAUUUCCUGACCUGAGACUCAUCUGCGGCGUGGACAUAGAAAAGGGUUCCUGGAUAGUGACAACGUUCUAUAUCGGCUAUACGUUUGGAUCCAUCCUAGAAGGCUUCCUCUACAGCAAAGUCAACAGGAAGCUCCUCUUCUGCGCAUGUCUGUCAAUUUUAGCGGCGACGGUUGCUGUCAUUCCAUGGUGCUUCCGUUUUGAAGCUAUGGUAUCUGCCCACUUUGUACAGGGGGCUAUGGAAGGUGUCCUUGAUCCAGGUGGCAAUGCAGAAAUCUUACGGAUAUGGGGAACAGAGGGCGGACGGACAGCUAUACUGGGAAUGAACUUUGCCCUGUCAGUAGGAAGUGUGAUAUCGCCUUUAGCAACUGGACCAUUUCUAGCAGAAACCCGCCAAAAUAAGACUUCAACAAAUAAUGCAACGGACGGCAGCAUAUUUCUUAACUCAACGUUUGAUCAGAGUCUCGAGUCUACGCAUGUAUCGUAUCCUAUCAACACUUCUUUUCCCUACAAUAUUUCAACAAUUUGGAAUGUUAUAGAAAAUAAGUCAUUGGUGUAUAACGAAGAUGAACCGCAGCCUGUCACUAGACUCUACAUAGCAUUUUCUAUUACAGCAGUUUUAUCUUUUUUAACCGCUCUUUCAUUUUUUACUUUUAAUACAAUUUUGCCCGAAAGAGAAAAAGAGAAUGGUUCUCUCGUGCCUUCAGAUAUUUCUGAAAAGAGUUUAACAAGACAUUUACCAAAACGCACUCAAGUUAUCGCGUUGUCUAUCAUAGGUGCAAGUCUGUUUACAUUUAACGCCAUCGACGAAGCGUUUAUAGCAUAUUUAUCAACAUUUUGUAACACGUUUUUUCAUUGGACAAAUUCUAGUGGGGCAUUAGUGACGUCACUUUUAUUCAUUUUCAAUCUUUCGACCAGACUUGUGUAUCUCGUAGUAUCUAAAUGGUUGAACAGUUUGGUCUGCGUUGGAAUCCACAGCUGUGCUAUGUUUUUCUCACUGCUAGGGUUUCUGUUCGUCUCUCUAUACAUGGUUGAAACGGGCGUAUGGAUAUUCGUAGCUUUAUUUGGGUAUGGUAAAUCGGUACUGUUCGCCCUACUGUUUAGUUGGACGAAUGAAUACCUUACACCGGUGACGGGGAAAAUCUCGUCCGCAUUUUUCAUAUCUGCAAUGGUCGGUAGUUCCUUAAAUCCUCUAUUGCUUGGCUAUCUCAUGGAACAAGUCGCUACAAUUUGGUUCGGCUACCUUUUUGCUAUAGAGGGUGCACUGCUAGUUUUGCUUUACAUUGUAGGGGUAAUAGUGACUAAACAUGUUACUAGUCGGUAUGGUGGAGUUUAUAAAAUAAAAGAGGAAGAAACCCAAUUUUCUACUAAGCUGUAACCGCAUGCAUGAUAAUCACAUGUUUACCUAUAUGGUCACAACACAUAUUUUCAAUUAUUACUGUGAACUGAAAAUUGCAAUACAUGUAUAAUCAGGACUGAUCAUUGUUCCGUCCAGUGGUGCUCUGAAAUUGUGUCAUCUUUUGAAACAGUAUCAGCAGUUGUUUCGGGUAUAAAUAACGUAUCUAUCUUUUUUAAGUACUUAGGUUUGUAAUUUACCGGGCCAUAACAUAACAUCAGAAGUAAAAGACAUGGUAUCCGAGAUAUAUUCCGGAAUAGUAUUAUGGGUAUUUAUUAAUUAUUAAAUGCAAUUAUGAUAUUAUCUUGAUGCCAUAUCGUCAUCUUUUGUUUUUAAUUUUUACUGGGUACUGCUUUGUCAUAUGUCACACAAAGGUUUUUAUGUGUUAGCCCAUGCAUUUUUGCUAUGGACGCUACGCCCUUGUUACUUAAUAUAUUAUUAAGAAAACGGAAUCAGAUUAUGUUUGGUCUUGAUACAGUUCAAAUACCAAUAUUGGAUUAUCCUGUUUCCAUUUUUAGGCUCAAUAAAAGUGAUAGACUAGAUUAAUCAUAACAGUCCCUUUAAUUGUCUACAUGGUUUUUCUUCUGAACUGACUACUCUUGGUCGCCGGCUGCAUUGCCAUUUAACAUUGCCAUUGCCAAAUAAAAACCUUAAUGUGAGAACGGGCCAGUUAUCCAUCGACAUAUAUCCAUGUACAAAUCCUACUUCCUAUUAUAGUGUUAUUAUUUGUAAGUACAUGCUUUCCUAUGUAUCGAGUAUUACAAAUCAAUUAAAAUAAA